UCGCCGUUUCUAUCAUUGUCCACUCCAUCCCACAUUUCCCACUUUUUUCCCUAUAAUUCCUGCACUUACUAUUUAUUUAUUUUUAUUUUUUUAAUUUUUUGAAAACAAGAAAAACAAAAACAAACUCUCAUUUCCAAAAAUUCACUUUGGGAUCUCCAAUCUCUUCUCGAUCUAUCUUUCUGUUUCUUCAGGUCAGAGAGAUCGGUGGAGGAGAGAGACAGAGACAGAGACAGAGCGUUAUGGCGCAUAGAGUGGACCACGAGUACGACUACCUGUUCAAGAUCGUGUUGAUCGGUGACUCUGGUGUCGGAAAAUCCAACAUUCUCUCCAGGUUCACGCGCAACGAGUUUUGCUUAGAAUCCAAGUCCACCAUCGGCGUCGAAUUCGCCACCAGAACUCUCCAGGUGGAAGGAAAAACAGUUAAGGCACAGAUAUGGGAUACUGCAGGUCAGGAGCGAUACCGCGCAAUCACCAGUGCUUAUUAUAGAGGAGCUGUUGGGGCACUGCUUGUCUAUGACAUAACUAAGAGGCAGACUUUUGACAAUGUCCAAAGGUGGCUCCGUGAGUUGAGGGAUCAUGCAGAUUCUAACAUUGUCAUCAUGAUGGUGGGGAAUAAGUCUGACUUGAACCAUCUUAGAGCUGUUUCAGAGCAAGAUGGUCAGGCCUUGGCUGAGAGGGAAGGUCUCUCAUUUCUUGAGACAUCAGCUUUAGAAGCAACAAACAUUGAAAAGGCAUUCCAGACCAUUUUGACGGAGAUCUACCAAAUCAUAAGCAAAAAAGCAUUAGCAGCUCAGGAAGCGACUGCCGGUACCACUCUUCCUGGUCAAGGGACCACUAUCAAUGUUUCUGAUGCAUCAGGGAAUGCAAACAAGAGAGCUUGCUGUUCUACUUGAGGAUACAUUUGAGCGUGGUGAAAGAUUUGCAAGCAGACAAACCAAAUUUUUUUUUUUAAAAUUAUAAAAUUACCCUUUUGACUUUUUACUUUUUUUUUUCUUUUUUAAUGAGAGAGAGACUUGUAGAUUACUUUUUUACUUCAUUGAGUUGUGAUAACCGAUAAGGGAGAUUGUGAACUAAGAAAACAAACAGAAUGUAGUACUUUUGGAGGGUUUGCUUUCUUUUGCUCCAUUCUUAUAUAUUUGCUUUUAAAAAUUGAAA